GACCAAUUUUGGUCGCUAAAUUUUGGUCGCUUUUUUCCGGAUUUCUAGUAGUGAAUCCAGAUGCCCCAAUUGCUGCCUUUAGGUAAGGACGAUGAUGUAGUCCAGUUACUUUCCCAUAUACUGCACUCUACCACUUCAUGAUCAUGGUUUCUACUGAAUCUUAAUUUAAAGGAGGUCAACUACAACAACAACAAAAAACCCAGUGUAAUCUCACGAGUGGGGUCUGCGGAAGGUAGUAUGUACGCAGACCUUAUCCCUACCUUGUGGAGGUAGAGAGGCGAUUUCCGAUAGACCUUAGGCUCAGGAAAAGCAUAGUUACAGCAUAGUGGAAACGAAAAAAAGAAAAAAGGAGGUCUUCUAUAUGCAUUAAAAAGCAUGCUCCAAGUUAGUUUAUUACAAUUACGAAGUUAUGAUAAUGGACAAUAAUUAUCAAAUAAAAACCGUGAAUUAAUUGCAAUAAGACACCUUUUCCUGCUAUUCGUUCAACUGGAAUUUUAUAAUAAGGCAAGAUAUUGAGGAUGACGUGGAAAAUGCCUCACAAUGAAGAGGUCCUUCAGAAACUUUUAGCGGAGUUCUUCCACUGAGGCAUAAGUGGAUUCUCUGGCAUAUACGAUACCAGAAAAGAAGGCCAUCAUAGAUAUGAUAGAGAUCACUCACUUUGCACAUACAAUGGCGAGGACGACUUGUUCAGUUAUGACUUUAGUGAUGACCAGCUGAAGCAAAGACGGGGGCACAUGUCUAACACUCCUUGUCAGGUUAUAUUUUCCAUGGGUGACGAGUACGUUCCAGAUUAUGUUGACAAGAAAGCGUUGGUUGAUAGAUUGUGUAGAGCAAUGGGUGGUGCUGAAAAAGUUGAAAUUGAACAUGGGAACCAUUCUCUAUCUAACAGAGUUGCUGAAGCUGUUGAAGCCAUAAUGAGCUUCGUCAAGCGAGAAGGUCCGAGCGGGUGGGAUGAUCCAUGGAACUAAACGGGUUGAUCCUGCAACUUGAAUGAAUUAUUUUGCCUUUACAUUCUUUAUUUCUAUGUAUCCUAUCAGUUACAUGUACACUGCAGAUUGAGGAAAGUACAAUAUUAUUUGUCUUUAGCUAGCGAAUGGUAGGCUAGAAGAGCAUAUCAUUUCUUUCCAUUCUUUUGUCAUGAAUUUUGGAAUUGAUUCUUCGCAAGAUUGGAAAUUAGUAAUGGGAAUUGAAAAUUUAUCUUUCUUUUA